AUGGCUGCUCCACCGGCAAGGGCUCGUGCCGAUUACGAUUACCUCAUUAAGCUUCUCUUGAUCGGCGAUAGCGGUGUUGGAAAGAGUUGUCUUCUUUUGCGGUUUUCUGAUGGGUCUUUCACAACCAGUUUCAUCACGACUAUAGGCAUUGAUUUUAAGAUAAGAACCAUUGAGCUUGAUGGCAAACGGAUCAAGCUCCAAAUCUGGGAUACUGCGGGGCAGGAGCGGUUUCGGACAAUUACAACCGCGUACUAUCGCGGUGCUAUGGGGAUAUUGCUAGUCUAUGAUGUUACAGAUGAAGCAUCGUUUAACAAUAUCAGGAAUUGGAUUCGCAACAUUGAGCAACAUGCUUCCGAUAAUGUUAACAAAAUACUGGUCGGGAACAAAGCAGACAUGGACGAAAGCAAAAGGGCUGUGCCAACGUCCAAAGGCCAAGCACUGGCAGAUGAAUAUGGAAUCAAAUUCUUCGAAACUAGUGCAAAGACAAAUCUAAAUGUGGAGGAAGUUUUCUUUUCCAUAGCAAGAGACAUAAAACAAAGGCUUGCCGACACUGACAACAAGGCAGAGCCGACAACAAUCAAAAUCAACCAAGACUCAGCAGCAGGAGCUGGACAGGCUGCACAAAAGUCAGCUUGUUGUGGUUGA